AGGACUGUUUCUCUGACCUUAGCACAUGGAUUUCAAGACUUCAAAUGAAGAGACAAAGACCGGGAUUUAUUUGCUUCAAGAUGGUAGCGAGGAGCCUUUCAAUAUCCGUCUGCACCUGGCCAAAGAUCUUCUCACCAUUCAAGAGCAAGACGUCAUCUGUGUGUCUGGAGAACCGUUCUACUCGAGCGAAAGAACAGUAACGAUCCGUCGGCAGACAAUCGGAGGGUUUGGGUUGAGCAUCAAGGGUGGUGCCGAACACAAGAUCCCUGUUGUUAUAUCUAAAAUAUCAAAAGAACAGAAGGCUGAGCUUUCCGGACUUCUGUUUAUUGGAGAUGGAAUUCUCCAGAUAAACGGCAUUAACGUGAGGAGUUAUCGCCAUGAAGAAGUGGUGCAGGUUCUGCGAAAUGCAGGUGAGGAAGUGACUCUGACCGUGUCUUUCCUGAAGAGGACGCCUGCAUUUCUGAAGCUGCCGCUGUGUGAGGACUGCUUAUGUACGUCUGGGAUUGGACACGCUAUAUUCACCGGUAUACCAAGUGACCAGAGCAGUGGAACAUCGUCUCCACUGUGUGACAGCGGCCUACAUCUGAACUACCAUCCCAACAACACAGACACAUUGUCUUGCUCAUCUUGGCCGAUGUCUCCGGGGUUGCGCUGGGAGAAGAGAUGGGUGGAUCUUCGUCUCAUACCUCUCUUGCAUGCACGUCUGUCCCAGUACGUCCCAGGUUCUGACAUUUGCAGGCAAAAUGCCUUUCAAGUUAUUGCAGUGGAUGGGGUGUGCAGCGGGGUAAUUCAGUGCCCCAGUACUGAUGAAUGCACCGAAUGGCUGCAAGCAAUAGCUUCAAACAUUUCUGCCCUCACCAAGCACAACGUGAAGAAGAUCAACAGAAACUUUCCAGUAAACCAACAGAUUAUAUUUAUGGGCUGGGUGGAUGAGAAGGAACAAGAUUCUGUUCAGGACCGAAUGUACACACCAAAGUUUCUUGCCUUGAGGGGUUCGUCUCUCUUCAAAUUCUCUGCACCUCCAGUCACCACCUGGGACUGGACCAGAGCCGAGAAGAGCUUCACCGACUACGAGAUCAUGUUCAAGAUCCUGAAGGACAUUGAGCUGGUGGACAAGCGGAAGCACUGCUUCAGCGUUCAGACGGACUCGGGUGAGGACAUCUUCUUCAGCGUGGAGCUGGAGUGUGAGCUGCUUCUGUGGGAGAAAGCCUUUCAGAUGGCCACCUUCUUCGAAGUGGAGCGAAUACAGUGUAAAACAUACGCUUGCAUCAUGGACAGUCAUCUCAUGGGACUCACCAUCGAUUUCAGCAUGGGCUUCGUCUGCUUCGAUGCUGCCACAAAGGCCGUGCUGUGGAGAUAUAAAUUCUCUCAGCUGAAAGGAUCAUCAGAUGACGGCAAGAGCAAAAUCAAGUUCCUGUUCCAGAAUCCAGACACAAAACUUAUUGAAGCAAAGGAGCUGGAGUUUUCCAACCUCUUCGCGGUCCUCCACUGCAUCCACGCUUUCUUCGCCGCCAAAGUGGCUUGUCUGGAUCCCAUGUUCGUGAGCAGCCGAAACACCACCAUGGUGUCGGCCACUUCCACCUUAACCGCCCCGUCACAGAUCUCCAAGCUCAAAUACACCAGCUGACAGACUCCAGCGACCUAUCUUCUCCUUCCAGACUUUGAGAACGUAGGAUGAGAGGAACCAGCACUGAUGAACGAGUGGACAUCCACUUUAAAACAAACAAUUCAAGUAUGUGAGAUUGAAAACCUGGCUAUAUUCUCCAGACGGGAAUCAGACUCAAAUUUGAAUGUUCGCUGGAUGAAUUUAAAACAUUUUAGCAUCAUUCAUCCAGCUGAUAAUCUUUGAGCUGUGGUUGCCAGGUCAUUCGAAAAAUGGACUCUUUCCUUUUGAUAUUGCGGUGUAUCUGUUUGCAUUCAAAUGAUAUUAACACUUCUUGGUGUGUACUUUUAGAACAUUAUUUAAUCUGGUUAUUGACUGGAAUGGACCUGUUGUGAAAGUGCAUCAUCUUCUAGCGCUGCGUUUUCUCAAACAGUUAACAAGGACAAAACCAGCCAUCUUAAAUAUACACUGACACAAAAACAAACUUCUGAAUGUUUGAUAGCUAUUCAAUAUUUGGCAGCGCAGAAGCUGUUGUUUUGGUCCAGAAUGUUUUAAGUCACUUAAAUUGAACAUCAGUUUUUAAAUCAGUUGAAAAACGAUUUAAAUGGCGCCCCGUCUGACUGCCUAGAGAAACAGACUGGAGAAUGUGGGACUUAUUUUCAUAUUCCUAUUUUGAUACUUUAUUAAAGGAUGAAUCACGGAGGUGAAGAUGAACUGGAAUUGUAUGACGUGACUGUAUGAUGCACAUUUUAACUUUCUCAAGGGAACGACAAGCUAAUCAACGAAGUGAUUAUCUUUUUUUUUUUUUUUGGCCAUUAUCUAAGAUACAUAUAUUAGUGUAUAACUAGUCAUUUUUGCAGUCAAAAUAUGUCACUCUUUUAACCUGAUAAAGUCAACAUGAAAUGAAAACAGACCCUAUUUACUAAAAAUUAGUGCUGUCAAAUGAUUAAUCGCGAUUAAUCACAUCCAAAAUAAAAG